CACGCCAGCCCCUCUCCCCUCUCCCAAUCGGGCGCACCCACCCCAGAUGCCGCCUGGCACCGAGCGCAGCCGUCGCCGACGCCACCGCCGCCGUCACAGCACCACUUUCCACUUGUAUUGAUCACCUCCCAGCCCCGCUCACCCUGCUCGCAGGAGCAGAGCGUGGCCAGCGCGCCAGCCCUUGGCAGCCCCGGAGCAGCUGGGCUCCGCGAGGCAACUCCUUGGGAGCGCCCUGUCCGGGGUGCCCUCUGCGCUCUGCAGUGUCUUUCUCUCUGCCUGGGAGGAGGAGGAGGAGAAGGAGGAGGACGUCUGGUACGGGCUGGGAGGUGGAGCAGCGGCAGCAGCCGCCGCCGCCGCCGCCGGAAAGGGAGAGGCAGGAGAGAUCGAGACUUGGAAACCCCAAAGUGCCCGCGACCCUGCACGGCAGGCUCCCUUCCAGCUUCAUGGGCAAAGUGUGGAAACAGCAGAUGUACCCUCAGUACGCCACCUACUACUACCCUCAGUAUCUUCAAGCGAAGCAGUCUCUGGUCCCAGCCCACCCCAUGGCCCCUCCCAGCCCCAGCACCACCAGCAGUAAUAACAACAGUAGCAGCAGUAGCAACUCAGGAUGGGAUCAGCUAAGCAAAACGAACCUUUAUAUCCGAGGGCUGCCUCCCAACACCACAGACCAGGACCUGGUGAAGCUGUGUCAACCAUAUGGGAAAAUAGUCUCCACGAAGGCAAUUUUGGAUAAGACAACAAACAAAUGCAAAGGUUAUGGUUUUGUCGACUUUGACAGUCCUGCAGCAGCUCAGAAGGCUGUGUCUGCCCUGAAGGCGAAUGGGGUUCAAGCUCAAAUGGCAAAGCAACAAGAACAAGAUCCUACCAACUUGUAUAUUUCUAAUUUGCCACUGUCCAUGGAUGAGCAAGAACUUGAAAAUAUGCUAAAACCAUUUGGACAGGUUAUUUCUACAAGGAUACUACGUGAUUCCAGUGGGACAAGUCGUGGUGUUGGCUUUGCUAGGAUGGAAUCAACAGAAAAGUGUGAAGCCGUUAUUGGUCAUUUUAAUGGAAAAUUCAUCAAGACACCACCUGGAGUUUCUGCUCCUACAGAACCGUUAUUGUGUAAGUUUGCGGAUGGAGGACAGAAGAAGAGACAGAACCCAAACAAAUACAUCCCUAACGGAAGACCGUGGCACAGAGAAGGAGAGGCGGGAAUGACACUGACUUAUGACCCGACCACAGCUGCUAUACAGAAUGGAUUUUAUCCUUCACCAUACAGUAUUGCUACAAACCGAAUGAUCACUCAGACUUCUAUUACACCCUAUAUUGCGUCUCCUGUAUCCGCCUACCAGGUGGCAAAGGAAACCAGAGAAAACAAGUAUCGGGGCUCUGCUAUCAAGGUAAAUCACAAUGCCUUCUUCCCCGUCUUCUCUGUGUAGCACCUCUGAAGUUAAAAGCAGGGGAUAAGAUACAGGAGGGUUUUACUGUGAAAAGUUAGAGACUGAAACCUAUUUUGAAAUCACAUAGUCUCAGGAAAGCUCUGGGUAUCAAGAAAUGGACCACUGUUUUUUCCCUCUGGAGUGGCUGAGACUACACACGCUUUCUUUCCUGCCACAGAACCUGACUCUCAUGCCUUACUUCUCAAUCCAGAGGGUCUGCAGUAGAUGCCCUUUUGACCGUAGAUGUCAGCAUCUGAUUACUGAGGUUCAAUUUCCUAAAUCUGGAUUUCAGAUUUUAAUGUUUCACACUAACUAGAAAUUGUCAACCACCAGGCAAGAUUUCUGAAAUUUAAUGUCCUGGGUAACAAAAAGGGAUUGAAUUUGGUUAUUCUUUUUAAACAAUAAGCACAUACUUUUAAGGAUUAGUUUCUGAUAAGAUGUGCUGGAAUUAAUUCUCAUUCCUCUGUAUCCCUAAAACACCUAUGUUCAUGCCUUGAUUGUAACACUUCACUUGUUUAUCUCCCUUGCUUACAGAGUAAAUUUCUUGAGGGUGGGGCCCAUGUCUUAUUCGCCUUUUUCUCUUUGGUGCUUGGUACUCAGUAAAUACUUCUUGAGCGGACAAAUGGAACUUGGUUUUACAUAAUCAUUUCAUCCUAUUCAGAGUGGCCAGUUUGUCAAGAACUCUAACUGUCUUAAUCUUUUUAAUCAUUGAUAGUAUUAUUUCCUUAUUUUCCUUCUGUAGAUUUUAACAUGAUUAAGAGUUCUAGAGAAAUAGGUAGCAUUCCAGUGGAAAUCAGUGUUUCUUUC